AUGUUGAACGAUUUGGAUGAGCUGCCCGAGUUCAUGCCGGGCAGGCUGGAAGAAAUUUACGCGUGGCUGGCCGUGUGUGACGCUACUAGUGCAGCGGACAAGCCAUCAUUCCUGCCGCGCAUGCGGGUGGCGGAGCAGGGGGCGGGGAGGGCGCUGGGGGUGGUGGCGCAGGCGAACGCGGCGUGGCAACUUUUCCUGCACGCGCACGUGCAGCCCGAUCCCUGGCUCCCCGAGUUCGACGUCUUCGCUACCAACAUUCUCCAGGCGAGGUUGGGAAGGGAAGUGGUGGAGGUGAAGGAGGAGGAGGAGAGGGAGGGGGAGCAGGGGUUGGAAGGGGUUAUGGAGGGAGAUCAGUGGGAUCCUGGCAAGCUCGGGUUCUUUCGAUCCCGCCUUCCCUCUCUUCCCCUCCUUGCGCCGUCAAGCUCUGAAGACCUUCCUGUUGCUGCUGCAGCUGCUGCUGGGGGAGGUGGAGGUGGUGCUGCUGCUGCUGUUGUUGGUAGUGGUGGUGCUGGCGGUGGCAGUGGCAGCGGUGGUGGUUUGACGAUUACUGUGCCGUCGUUCCGAUCGCGGUCCCCAUUGCCCCCCUUAACGCCCAAGACACCCCGAACCGGCUCUGGCUCAGCCCUCAAGUCACCCAAGCAACGGAUCGCACCGCCUGCUGGUGCUGGUGUUGGUGCUGGUGCCGGUGCUGGUGCUGGUGCUGGUGUUGGUGCUGGUGCCGGUGCUGGUGCUGGUGUUGGUGUUGGUGCUGGUGUUGGUCGCCCCGAGACGCUUUUUGAGGCGCCUCAAAGAGACAGAAGCCGGCAGCAGCACCGGCAGGGAGAGGUGCCCCUUGAGUCGACUCAAAAGAAGUCUCCCUCUCCUCAGCACUCCGUGAGUUCGAUUCACAAGAGCAGAGACAGGAGUAGGCAUCCGCACGGGCAGGCAGAGGAGGCUUUUGAGUCGCGUAUUAAACUGUCUUCCCCACAGAGGUCUGUGAGUUCGAUUCACGAGAGCAGAGACAGAAGCCGGCAGCAGUACGGGCAGGAAGAGGAAGCUUUUGAGUCGAGUCGGAAGGCUCCCUCUCCCCGACGUUCCGUCAGUUCGAUUCAUGAAAGGAGAGACAGGAACCGGCAACAGUACGGACUGGCAGAGCUGCAGGCAUGGCAGUGGCAGCACGCGGGAAAGCAGCAGUAUGGGGGGCAGCAGCAGGAGGGAAUGCAGCAGCAUGGGGGGCAGCAGGGUCAGCAACAGUUGGCAAAACAGCACAUGCAGAUGCUGCUGAUGGGGCAGGCGGAGGGGAAGCAGCAGGGGCAGGGGCAGGGGCGGGGGUAUGCACUUGAGGGGUUUUCUGCUGCAGUGGAGGCACAAAGAGAAACAGUUUCUGAGGCGCCUAUCGUCCCACCUUCUGACUCCGCGUCUCCCUCGUUUUCUUCCUUUGUCUCCGAGAUUCCCUCUUCAUCUCUUGAGUCUGCUCCUGCAAUUGCCGCACGAGCAGCAGUUGUUGAUGCGGCAAGGGUUCCACCUCCUGUCUCCGCAUCUCCCUCUUUUUCUUCUUUUGUCUCCUCGUCUCCCUCUUUUUCUUCUGGUUCUGCUGCUGCAAUUGCCGCACGAGCAGCAGCAGUUGUUGAUGCGGCAAGGGUUCCACCUCCUGUCUCCGCAUCUCCCUCUUUUUCUUCUUUUGUCUCCUCGUCUCCCUCUUUUUCUUCUGGUUCUGCUGCUGCAAUUGCCGCACGAGCAGCAGCAGCAGUUGUUGACGCGCCGAAAGUUCCGUCUCCCAUCUCCGAGUUUCCCUCUUCAACUUUUGAAUCAGCUGCUGCAAUAGCCGCACGAGCAGCAGCCAGAAUUCGCCGCCCCUCCCCUCCCCCUCUCUUCCUCAAUGCAAGCUCAGCGCUGGUCAGGCAUAAAACAGACCCAAGUCACAGCGUGCAGCAGCAGCAGGAGCAGCAGCAGCAGCAGCAGCAGCAGCAGCAGCAGCAGCAGCAGCAGCAGCAGCAGCAGCAGCAGCAGCAGCAGCAGCAGCAGCAGAAGGAUGCUUCAGCCUUGGAGGAGCAGCAGAGGGAGGGAGGGGGAUGGUGA